AUGGGAAAAACGAAAAUAUGGGAAAAACGCAAAUAUGGGAAAAACGCAAAUAUGGGAAAAACGCAAAUAUGGGAAAAACGCAAAUAUGGGGAAAAACGCAAAUAUGGGGAAAAACGCAAAUAUAGGAAAAACGCAAAUAUGGGAAAAACGCAAAUAUGGGAAAAACUCAAAUAUGGGAAAAACUCAAAUAUGGGAAAAACACAAAUAUGGGAAAAACAAAAUAUGGGAAAAACGCAAAUAUGGGAAAAACAAAAUAUGGGAAAAACAAAAUAUGGGAAAAACAAAAUAUGGGAAAACGCAAAUAUGGGAAAAACGCAAAUAUGGGACAAACGUAAAUAUGGGACAAAAAUAUGGGACAAACGCAGAUAUGGGACAAACGCAGAUAUGGGACAAACGCAAAUAUGGGAGAAAUGCAAAUAUUGGAAAAAAGCAAAUAUGGGAAAAACACAAAUAUGGGAAAAACGCAAAUAUGGGAAAAACACAAAUAUGGGAAAAACGCAAUUAUGGGAAAAACGCAAAUAUAUGAUAAACGCAAAUAUGGGAUAA